AUGCUUAGCAUAUCAGAAGAAAUUUUAUCCUUAAUCAUCUCUGAAGAAUUUUCCAAACCCUCCCCAAAGCCUACCACAAACCAUAUAAAACCCAAUCACGUAAAAAAACCCAAACAAAUCCCUACAAAUAACAUAUCAAAUCCUAUAGAAAUCGAAACUUAUGAGCCAGUUACCGCAGAGGAGUCCAAAAAUGUCUUAGAAGAACUCAAAAGGCGAAUCACACAGCUUUAUAGAGGAAACGUAAAAAUCAAAGUCAUUAUGGCCUUAUUUGAUAUUAGAAACUCCUGCUUUAUACAUAGUUUUGGGGACUGGGAACGAUCUGUAGCUAGACAGAGACUUUUUGAACUAAGGGAAAAAAUAACCCAGCUUAAAUCUGAAGGAAAAACUGAUGAAGAAAUCAGCAAAAUACUGUGUAUGCGAGAAAACAAAAUGAGAGAAAUCAUGGGCGACUUAAAAAGACCAAAAUUAGUAUAUACAACACAAGAUAUCAAAGAAGCCAUUUGCUUAUAUAAAACUAUAAGAAAUAAAAAAAGAACUGCAAAAGAGCUUGGGGUUUCAGUUUUUACGCUGGAAGAGUGGAUAAAUAAAAGCAAAACAGGGGAGCUGUGGUCGAUUUAUGAUAAUGAUGAAGGAAUUCCAUCGACUAUUAUUUUAAAUGCCUUGGAAACUUAUUAUUUGACGAAAAACCUUGAAGCUGCAGCUAAGGUUUCAGGGCUGACUAUCCUUAAAGUUUCGAAGUUUGUGGAAAGGUGCAGAAUGAGAUCUUUGGAAUUUAAAGACAAACGUAAAAACUCUGAAGAAAAUCAUGAAGAAGAAUAA